CCUCGCCUAGUUCAGUUGUCUGCACAGAGAAAAAAACACAACUCGAGCGUAGGAACAAAUUUAACGUCCCCUUCACAGGCAUGCUGUUGUUAUGUGUGACUGUUUCCUGCGUCUUGUUUGGUUUGUCUGCUGGUUUUAAGAAUGAAGAGGUGUGCUAUGGAAGAAAUUUUAGAAUACCAUCUUCUUAUACACCACCUAUUUUCUAUGGUCAGUUGUACCAUACUCCAAUUGGGAGACCCGAGAAACUAGUGAUGGAUAAUGGGGAGGCAAAGGAUCCACGCCUCAAAGUUUCCAGUACCUCAGUUGAGUUAACAGAUGUGACAGAAAGUGAUGAUGGAUAUUUUUCCAUCUCAGAUGGUAGUGAUACACUUCAAGAUGUCAUCAGACUGAUAAUUUUGGAAUGUGCUGAAACAGAAACAAAGUAUUACGGGGAAAUGUUCUCCUUUGACAUUCCUAGAGAGGCUGAAUCCCUGGAGUGUAAUUUCCUUACAUUUACAGGCCAGCCAAAGGUCCUGUGGAAUCGCUCUGACCGUGACAACAAUAAGGGAGACAGAGGGCAGGUGAAGGGUAAUGUCUGGGAGAUUAGGAGCGUCAGUCAGCGACACAUGGGCUCCUACAACUUCAGACGAAAAGACAAGACUGUACUGUCGAGGAUAAAGCUCAUAGUUAAAGAGCGCUUUAGAAGAUAUGAUACAUAUGUGAAUGAGCAGCUCCUCAUCAAAAAUCCUCUAGUUGACACCAUGUGGACUGUGACUUUUAAACGUGAAGGUGCAAUUCAUUCAAAAACCUUGAUGCAAGCAGGCCGUCUGGUUGAACAAGAUGACUGGGACUUCAAUUGGAAUUUUGCUGAGAGGAUUCAAGUGGUGCGUGACGGUAUAAACAUUGAUCCUGUGGAAAGCACAGACGCUGGUCUCUAUGAAUUCAGAGACCCGGAAGGUCACCUGGCCCAGUUGGUGGAUGUGGUGGUAUACAAUGAACGACCUCCUACCUUUAUUUAUGUUGGUAUUACUUUCGGGAUUAUAUUUGCGGUGAUUGUCAUCUGUUGCUGUGUGAGAAAGUUCUGUCGUGAACAGAGCUCUUCUAUAAAGGACGAGUCUGCUCCUCAGACUGUAGCUGCACCUGCACCUGCACCUGCACCUGCACCUGUACCUGUACCUGCACCUGCACGUGGACCUGCUGUGUAUUACCAUGAUUUGAAUCAACCUGGAGCCCCGACUUACACACUUCCACCUGGUUCAGAUUACUUUAAUCAGCCAUUGAAUUCUCUCAUCUCUACAGAACCUACAUCUACCUCACCUGAGCCACCGGUAUACAACCCAGUGGAUAUCCAUGUGAGCUCCCCUCAGCCUGAGGUUGCACCUCUAGGAGGGCAGGAAGCCGAUCCAGCUCCUUUACUCGGUGCUGAUUGUCUCUCGUUGGACCCUGAGCCAAAGUUUGAACUGAAAGGACUGCCCUCUGCCCCCCCUCUCAGUUUAGACUCCAGUUGUGUUUACAACUCAGAAAAACUCAACUUUCUGUAAACAGCACACAGAAAAUUCAAGCCAUGCAGUUGUGGAUUCAGCAUUUUACCUCGUGACUAGUGGGAACACAGCCAUUUGAGUCCAUGAUUGUAUUGUGUGAAAUUUGUUCCUGCAAACCUGUGAAGUCAUGGUGAUAGGUGCACAGGAAAAGGAUCCUGUAGACAAGACACAAUAUACCAUUCACACUAUACUGACAUGCAUGUGAUCAGACUUAUUGCAGUUUAGUUUCGUUUUUAGUUUAGUUUAGCUGAUAUGGAAAUCACAGCAGUAUUAGAAUUGUACAUUUAUGCACAAGGACCAGAUGAGCUGUGUUUAGUGUUUGUAGUGAACACUGUCCACAGGAUGCUUUUUGAAGGUUAAAAUAGUACAAAGAGAAGAAAAUACACUCACAAGCUCAUGCACGAAAUUACAUCAGCAAGUCUAUACAUAUAAAUACAGCCACAAAUACGCCCACACGAAAUACAUCCACACGCAGAGAGAACUACAUCCACACAAAAUACAGGUGUGUCUACAGGGUUGUUUCUUUCUUAGCCAUGAUUUAAUACCUCUAUUAAAGACAUUAAAACUGUGCUGCAUUUUCAGUUCAGUGGUAGACAGUUUCAUAGUUUUGCUCCUUUAACAGAAAAGACAGAUGGUCCAAAUGAGGCUCUGCAUAAUGCAGUGCAACAGUUAACGUUUGUUGAGGCCUUGUGUGUUGACGUUGUCUUUGACUUUGGCAUUUAAAAAGCUCAUGAAGCUUUCAAAGCUGAACAUCGUGUUGCUACCUCUUUUUUUAAUCCAUGAUUUUUAUUGUCUGUUUAUACAGUGAUAUGAUAGAAUUUAUAGUUGAUUGUGAGGCUUGUGACCAGGUAGUGAUCCAGUAUGAAAUGUGUGAGAAGUUUGGCUGUGCUAAGUGGGAGACAUGUUACAUUUGCUUUAACUUUUUUGCAGGUAUUACACACUUGUUUAUCAAAUCUUAGAUGUGAGUCUAAGAUGAUUCCCGAGUACUUGACACUGUCAACCUCACUGAUUACCUCUUUUUUUUCUUUUUUUUUUACACCAUGAAUCUUGAUUUUCAUGUGGGAUGUCCUCUUUCUUUUAAUAUAAAUACAAACACUAAUGUGGUAUGGUCAAAGAAGUCCGAGGCUCAGUAACUCUUGAUAACUCACAGCAGCAGAGGCUAGGAGUAAUACAGAGACAUAGAUUAAUUUAGGUUGAUUCCUACAAGUAAUAUAGGUUUUUUUUUUUUUCAGGUAAGGAAGAACAAAGCUCACUCACUGGAGCGCCAGAGCUUUUGUAGACUUAACGGUCAUGAUCAGGAUUUCUGUUUAAUAUGAAAUGUAAAUGUGUGUGCUAGAUUCAGGUUUUGUAUUGAAUGCAUAACUUUGCCUUUCUCCUGUUGCCACGGGUAUCGUAAGUAGGAGAGAUGAUGUUACAGUGAGGUCUGUAAGUGAGUCUUUGUAGCAGAUUUUAGAAAUUAAGGACUCAAACUGACCUCAACACUCAUGGAGAUCAAACCACUCCACUCCACGCAAUUUAAGCCACUGUUACCAGCUUAUAUAGUAUUUUUAUAUGGUUGUUUCUCAUGUGCCUUCAGUCUCUUAUAUCAAAGUGUCUGUGUAGUUUUUAUCAUUACAUUCUGAGAAAUUAUAUGUGGUAUUUUACUUUGUUUUAUGCUUUGUAAAUAUGAAAAUCAAAUAAAAAUGUAAUCGUU